AUGUCGGUGUUCUUCAAGCGACUAGGAAAAGUUGUACCGAUCACAUUUUCCCAUGCAUUUCAAGGCAAAUCGCAAUCAAAUUCAAACAAUUUCCCAAUUCCAUUUGGAGCAAUCGCUGCUAUAUCUGGUGGAAUGUCGUAUUUUUAUUACUUUUCUGAACCAAAUUUGGUCCAUUUAGAUCCAAUCAACAAGGAAACAGGUCCAAAAUCUGCUCUUGAUCCUAAAAAAUGGCAAACGUUUAAGCUACAAGAUAAGGCAACAGUCAGCCACAAUACCCAUAUAUACAGAUUCUCUUUUGAUCCUAAUCUGAAGUUGGGACUCGAUGUUGCAUCAUGCCUCAUUACAAGGGCUCCAUUGGGAGAAGAUGCCGAUGGGAAAAGAAAAUAUGUUAUUCGCCCGUAUACACCUAUAUCCGAUCCAGAUUCUAAAGGUUACUUUGAUUUGAUGAUCAAGGUUUAUCCUGAAGGAAAAAUGAGCCAGUAUUUCGCAAAAUUAAAGCCAGGGGAUAUAGUUGAAGUAAAAGGCCCUGUUGAGAAAGUUAGAUACACUCCCAGUAUGAAGAAACACAUUGGCAUGAUUGCAGGUGGAUCAGGAAUCACUCCAAUGCUUCAAGUGAUUGAGGCUAUUCUUAAGAAUCCUAAUGACAAUACCAAAGUAUCUUUGGUUUAUGCGAAUGUAUCCCCGGAUGAUAUUCUUCUCAAAAAGAGACUCGACAUGCUUGCAGCUACCCACCCCAACUUAAAGGAUAUGGCCUUGAAAGGCUUGCCUACCCCGAGUGAUGAUACCCUUAUACUUGUGUGUGGUCCACCGGGAAUGAUGCAACAUAUAUCGGGUGACAAGGCAAAAGACCGAUCACAAGGCGAGCUAACCGGAUUACUCAAAGAACUUGGAUACACAGAAGAAAUGGUUUACAAAUUCUAA